CAGGGGGCCCUCAGAGCGCCGGAAACGUUCUCUAAUACGUAAUUACAAACGUAUUGAGCCAUACACUUACAGAUUUGUGUAUUUCAUUUUAAGCUGCACCCCAAUAAGUAUUCAAGUUUCUGACCUAUGUAGAUGCACCCACAGGUAGUUUCCACGGUGGCCAGAGCAAUGCCAGAGGUCUGCGGAGCCUGCCUGCCACGUAAGCAGUGAGAAAGCCACCCUUCAAGUACUGACGGGCAUACUCGUUAGAAGGAAAAGCGGAGGCUGUGUCCUGUUCCCAGGGAUCACGGACCUUCUUCAGUGCCCUGGGACCACUUUUCUCAACCUGGCCCCUGCUACAGGAAGCUCCGCCUGUUGGGGAGCAGAUCCCGAGUUGAGAUGGAGCACAUGAGAGCCCCCUCCCCCCCGCAGGAGCCUGGGGCUAGAGAGAGGAAGGAUGGAGCAGUCCUACGCUUUAGAUUCUUCACCAUGUGCCCGAGGAGGUGGACACCGCAUGCAUCCACGUGCGUUUGGAGGGGCAUCAGCACAGACAGCCCACGGAACGUCACAAAGCCGGCGCACGCUGGAGCCCGGCGCCCAGUGCGCACGCUCAGCACCCAGCCGCGCUACGCAGGCGCACUGCGGCGCGGCGCCGGGCUGCGGGAGCGCCGGUUCCCGGCGGGCUCCCAGGAAGCGAGGCGCGCGCCAUGGAACAGCGGUUAGCCGAGUUCCGAGAGGCCCGGAAACGGGCCGGGCUGGCGGCCGAACCCAGCACUUGCAGACAGAGCGCACAAACCUCGGGAGAGAAGGCGGAAGCAACUGCCACUCCAAAGUCAGCCCCAGGCUGGCUAAGACGAUUCCUGGUGUGGAGACCGAGGCCCGCGAGUGCCCCGGCCCAGCCCGGCCUCGCUCAGGAAGCCGCUCAGCCUGGGAGCAGCACGUCACAGCCCCCACGGAGGACAGCCGUUCCCCCACCGUUGCCACGGGACCAGUCCUUCCUGACCAGCAUCACCUUCUUGAAGGUUCUUCUCUGGUUGAUCCUGCUGGGACUGUUUGUGGAACUGGAAUUUGGCCUGGCUUAUUUUGUCCUGUCCUUGUUCUACUGGAUGUAUGUUGGGACACGAGGUCCCGGGGAGAAGAAGGAAGGAGAGAAAAGCGCCUACUCUGUGUUCAACCCGGGCUGCGAAGCCAUCCAGGGCACCCUGACUGCAGAGCAGUUAGAGCGCGAGUUACAGCUUAGACCCCUGGAGGGGAGAUAGGAGCAGCUCUGCUGCACGCCUUGGCCCUCCUAGCCCUUGGCCGUGGACCUGUGGGAUUGUUCAGGUGCCCCAGACUAAGGACAGCUUGCAGGCUAGUCCUGUGACAGCGCAGUUCUACCUGUUUUCCCUGACCUGCUGCAGUUUUAUCUUUGAACUUCUAUUUGGUUUUGGUGAAAUUCCCUGAAAGAUACUCACUGUGUAUCUGAUGCAAUUAUAAAAAUUACAUACUGGAGAGGAGACCUAUUUGUGUCCUGAUUUUGAGAGAUGGUUUAAGAGCACUACAGAGGCACUGGGGAGCUGACUGUGAAAAUAGCCAGCUGUUUGUUGUGAUGGUCAUGUCUAUGGGACUGUACACUAAAAGUAAAUGUUCUCUGUAAGUCUU